UAAAUGAGUUCCAUCAAGACUGAAUGUUUGAAUACUAUGAGAAUAUUAAAUCUGUGUUGGGGAUAUAACCGAAUGUGAUCUUUUGGUUGUAUUCACUACCGUAUUAACCACUUCACCGAUUUCGUGGACCCAAUUACUGCUAAGUUCUUUGACUAAUCCUGCUAUAGUUUAACUCCUUCAUUUUAAUAAAUGAGUGUGGACAUGGUCGAAUUUAUAUUUUACCUUCCACCAGAUUAGAGUGUCCCAGACACAGCUGAAGAGUUUAAAAGCAAAAGAUGAGUUAUAAGGAUGCGGGGUGCUUGUUCUCCCCCCCAAGUCAUUAACACUUAUAACUGACUCUUUCAAGAAAGGAUUAGUCUUUAUGUCUUGUAUACUCAACCAGAAAAUCUAACCUUGAAUUGAACAGUGGCCCUAAGUUCCACCAUUUCAAAAGCAAGGCCAAAUGCCGGUUCUCCGGUUAUUUCCUUUAAAUUGUCUCACACCAACGAAGUUUCAUUUCUGUCGUUGUACUUACUACAGAUGGCCGGUUAUUCUUUGUCGCACCUCCACUUCAAGUAGUGGCAAGUCAGUCGCUCAAACUAAAGGAAGCGAGAACUUGCCGUCGACAAAUGUUACAAUAAGAGUAAAACAAGCAACAAAAGAUGUGGGAUACUUCACGAUAGUUAUUGGUGGACUCGCACUUACCGGUGCUAUCCUUUACACAAUCGUCCAAGAGCUUUUUUCUAGUAAAAGUUCAAAUGGUGUUUAUAAUGAUGCCUUCAAGAUUUGCAAGUCAGAUAACAGAGUCUUGAAUCUUCUUGGAAGUUCUAUCAAGGCUCAUGGUGAUCCAAAAAGUCGUGGCCGUAGAAGAAACAUUGCACUGCGUUGUCGGCUAUUUAUCAGUUUACUAAAGUCUUGUUAGAUAAGAACAUUUCCAAAAAUGGUUAUAAAGCAGGAAGAUAUGCUUGACUCAUUUGCUUCUUCGGAUCUCACUACCAGCAUGUUCGACAGUCAUUAAAAGUGUUAUUUUUGUUCAUUAAACUUUUAGUCAUGAUUCUUGGUAUGACGACAAAGGGCGACUCCAUAUGGCAAUGAAAUUUCACCUCGAUGGUAAUUUAGCAUCUGGUGUUGUUCAUCUGGAAGUUGUAGAAAAUGAAUCCAAAGAAUUUGAAUAUCGUUAUCUAGUCCUCGAAACAGAUGCUGGAUUUUCAAAGAAACAAAUUAUUCUUCGUUCAUCAGCAGAUCUUCAAAAUCCUACUUAAAGAUGAUCAUAAUUUCGACAAUAUGAAAAUAUCAUUUUGUACAGAUAGACGAUUUUGAAUAUGUAUAACCAAUAAUUAUUUAGCUUCAAUGAAGAUGUUACUUGGUUUGUUUGUAUAUUUUUUGUUGUAGCAAUUAGUGAUUUUCGUGUUCAGGAGUAAAAGAAUGUUUAUAACCAACCAGAAUUCUAUGGGUUUAAACUGAUUCAGCUAUCAAAUAUCCCCGGAAACUACACCAAAAUAAAAGUGUGUGUAUAAAGC